AUGUUUCUGCUGCUGCUUCUUCUGCUUGUGAUCUCAGGUCUUGGAGCAACAGGACAAGGUGGAGAGCUGCAAAGGAACAAGAGGAGGAGAAUUCAGCAGCUUUCCUACCAAGAUAAAGUUUUACUUGAAAGAGAGGACCCUAGCAAGUUGCUGGUGCAAGAUCCCAUGGAUUAUGAAGAAAUCCUAGAAGAACCAAGUAUAUUUGUAGCAGCCCCAGAGCUGGCAGCAGAAAGCAGGAAGCAAGGAGAAAAAAAAUCAUCCAGAUUUAUCCUUCCCUAUGUAGAGCUUGAUGUGUACCGAGAUCAGGGAAGCUGGACUGCACCAAAAGAGACCUCCCAUUCUGAAAAUAUGAGACAUUUCCUACCUUCCCACUCAGUCAACAAGAAGGAAGCUGAGCCCCUCUACAGGAAAGAUGCUAAAAAAUUCUGGGACCAUUUCAUGUUUAAAAAAAAUUCAGCUUCUGAGGAGGUUGUCCUGCCAAUCAAGACCAACGAGAUGUACCAGGAGACCUGCAGGACGCUGCCUUUUUCCCAGAGUAUUGUGCAUGAGAACUGUGAAAAAGUGGUGGUGCAGAACAACCUGUGCUUUGGGAAGUGUAGUUCCUUUCAUGUCCCUGGCCCAGAAGAUCGUCUUUACACCUUUUGUUCCCACUGCUUGCCUACCAAGUUCACCAUGAAACGCUUGGAGCUGAACUGCACCAGGUCUGUUGCCGUUGUUAAGGUGGUCAUGAUUGUGGAGGAUUGCAAGUGUGAGAUUCAGAAGAUUAAAGAUUCUGAAAUAGAACCCCUACAUUCAGACUUGAAUUCAAAUGUAUAUGAGCACAAUUAACCUGCUCAAA